GACAGCGGCUGUGGGGCGCCCGGGGAGCAUGCCCGCGCAGCCCCGCUGAAUGGCGUCUUCUCUGCGAUCCCUCGUUCGGCUGCGGCCGCCUGGGAUGCUGCUCCGCGCUCUCCAGCUCUUUCUGCUCCUCGGCUCCGUUCCAGGAGUGUGGUGCUUUAGCGAACUGUUUUUCAUAAAAGAACCACAGGAUGUAACUGUCACAAGAAAGGAUCCAGUCGUUUUAGAUUGCCAGGCUCAUGGAGAAGUUCCUAUUAAGGUCACAUGGUUGAAAAAUGGAGCAAAAGUGUCUGAAAAUAAACGGAUCCAGGUUCUGUCGAAUGGCUCUUUACACAUCACUGAGGUGGAAGGCAAGCGAGGGGAGCAGUCUGAUGAAGGAUUUUAUCAGUGUUUGGCAGUGAACAAAUAUGGGGCCAUUCUUAGUCAAAAAGCUCAUCUUACCAUAUCAACUAUUUCUGCAUUUGAAGUUCAGCCAAUUUCUACUGAGGUUCAUGAAGGUGGAGUUGCUAGAUUUUCAUGCAAGAUUUCAUCAAACCCUCCUGCAGUCAUAACAUGGGAAUUAAAUCGGACAACUCUACCUAUAGCUCUGGACAGGAUAACUGCCCUACCAACAGGGGUAUUGCAGAUCUAUGAUGUUGGUCAAAACGAUGCUGGGAAUUACCGCUGUGUUGCUGGUACUGUAUCCCACAGACGUAAAAGUAUGGAGGCCUCAUUAACAGUGAUUCCAGCUAAGGAGUCUAAACCCUUCCACACACCUGCCAUUAUAGCAGGUCCACAGAACAUAACAACCUCUCUUCAUCAGACUGUUGUUUUGGAAUGCAUGGCCACAGGAAAUCCCAAACCAAUCAUUUCUUGGAGCCGUCUUGAUCACAAGUCCAUUGAUGUCUUUAAUACUCGGGUGCUUGGAAAUGGUAAUCUCAUGAUAGCUGAUGUCAGGCUGCAACAUGCUGGAGUAUAUGUUUGUCGCGCUACUACCCCGGGCACUCGUAACUUCACAGUUGCCAUGGCGACUUUAACUGUAUUAGCUCCUCCUUCAUUUGUUGAGUGGCCAGAAAGUUUAACAAGGCCUCGAGCUGGUACUGCUCGGUUUGUAUGUCAAGCAGAAGGAAUCCCUUCACCCAAAAUGUCAUGGUUAAAAAAUGGAAGGAAGAUACAUUCAAAUGGGAGAAUUAAAAUGUACAACAGUAAAUUGGUAAUAAACCAGAUUAUUCCUGAAGAUGAUGCUAUUUAUCAGUGCAUGGCUGAGAAUAGCCAAGGAUCUAUUUUAUCUAGAGCCAGACUGACAGUAGUAAUGUCAGAAGACAGACCCAGUGCUCCCUAUAACGUGCACGCUGAAACCAUGUCAAGUUCAGCCAUCCUUUUAGCCUGGGAGAGGCCACUUUAUAAUUCAGACAAAGUCAUCGCUUAUUCUGUGCACUACAUGAAAGCAGAAGGCUUAAAUAAUGAAGAGUACCAAGUAGUCAUCGGCAAUGACACAACUCAUUAUAUUAUUGAUGACUUAGAACCUGCCAGCAAUUAUACUUUCUACAUCGUGGCAUAUAUGCCAAUGGGAGCCAGUCAGAUGUCUGCACAUGUGACUCAGAAUACUCUAGAGGAUGUUCCCCUGAGACCUCCUGAAAUUAGUUUGACAAGUCGAAGUCCCACAGAUAUUCUCAUCUCCUGGCUGCCAAUUCCAGCAAAAUAUCGGCGGGGUGAAGUGGUGCUGUAUCGCCUGUCCUUCCGCCUAAGUACUGAGAACUCCAUCCAGGUUCUAGAGCUCCCAGGGACCACACAUGAGUACCUUUUGGAGGGUCUGAAACCUGACAGCAUCUACCUGGUCCGGAUUACUGCUGCCACCAGAGUAGGGCUGGGUGAAGCUUCAGUUUGGACUUCACACAGGACACCCAAAGCUACAAGUGUGAAAGCCCCGAAGUCUCCAGAGUUACAUUUGGAGCCUCUGAACUGUACAACCAUUUCUGUGAAGUGGCAGCGGGGAGCCGAGGACACAGCGACCAUCCAGGGCUAUAAGCUGUACUACAAAGAAGAAGGGCAGCAAGAGCACGGACCCAUCUUCUUAGAAGCUGGGGACCUGCUCUACACACUCAGCGGUUUAGAUCCCAGAAGAAAAUACCACGUGCGGCUGCUGGCUUACAAUAGCCUAGAAGACGGCUACCAGGCUGAUCAAACAGUCAGCACUCCAGGAUGUGUAUCUGUUCGUGAUCGCAUGGUUCCUCCUCCUCCACCACCCCACCAUCUCUAUGCGAAGGCUAACACCUCAUCCUCCAUCUUCCUGCAUUGGAGGAGGCCUGCGUUCACCACUGCACAAAUAAUUAACUACACCAUCCGCUGUAACCCUGUUGGCCUACAGAAUGCUUCUUUGGUUCUGUACCUUCAAACAUCAGAAACUCACAUGUUGGUUCAAGAUCUAGAACCAAAUACAAAAUAUGAGUUUGCUGUCCGAUUGCAUGUGGAUCAGCUCUCCAGCCCCUGGAGUCCUGUAGUCUACCAUUCCACACUUCCAGAAGCCCCAGCAGGCCCACCAGUUGGAGUAAAAGUGACAUUGAUUGAGGAUGACACUGCCUUGGUUUCUUGGAAACCCCCUGAUGGCCCAGAAACAGUUGUGACGCGUUAUACUAUCUUGUACGCAUCCAGGAAGGCCUGGAUUGCAGGCGAGUGGCAGGUCCUACACAGAGAAGGGGCAAUAACCAUGGCUUUGCUAGAAAACCUGGUGGCAGGAAAUGUGUAUAUUGUCAAGAUAUCUGCAUCUAAUGAGGUGGGAGAAGGACCCUUUUCAAAUUCUGUGGAGCUGGCUGUUCUUCCAAAGGAGACUUCUGAAUCAAAUCAGAGGCCCAAGCGUUUGGAUUCCGCUGAUGCGAAAGCUUAUUCCAGCUAUUACCACCUGGACCAGAAAUCAAUGACCGGCAUUGCUGUAGGUGUUGGCAUAGCCUUGACCUGCAUCCUCAUCUGUAUCCUCAUCUUGAUUUACCGAAGUAAAGCCAGGAAAUCAUCUGCUUCCAAGACUGCACAGAAUGGAACUCAACAGCUAUCUCGUCCCAGUGCCUCCUUAACCACUGCAAGUGAAGCAGGGAAGAGCCUGGAGGGAGCUGUGGACAAUGAAGACUCCUUAAUGCCAAUGAUAGUGCCCACAAGCUUCAUUGACGCCAAGGGAGGAACUGACCUGAUAAUUAACAGCUAUGGCCCAAUAAUGAAAAACAACUCUAAGAAAAAAUGGCUUUUUUUCAAAGAUUCUAAGAAGAUAAAAGCUGAGCAGCCUCAACGAAGAUUUUCUCAAGCGGUCUGCUUGUACCAGCCAGGCACGACUGUACUGAUCAGUGAUGAAGACUCCUCCACGUCCCCAGGUCAGACAGCCAGCUUCCCGAGGCCCUUUGGUGUUGCUGCUGAUACUGAACACUCAGCAAAUAGCGAAGGCAGCCAUGAGACUGGGGAUUCUGGAAGGUUUUCCCAUGAGUCCAAUGAUGAGAUACACCUGUCCUCAGUUAUAAGUAGCACACCCCCGACCCCUGAUUCCUUCACUGGCAGUGAUUCAGGUGGGGAUCCUGCUGUGAGGAAGUGUGAAGACCCCGCAGUGCCGUCAGUUGCUGCGCAGACUCCAUCAGUUCUUCAGCCACCAUCUGCCAUGCUAUCCUUCGAUAAAACCGAUUUUCCAAUCUAGACCGUCACGGUCUGGCACCCUCACCUGUCACUCUGUUCGAAGGACAAUGAACAGGGAACCAAAGCCUUUUGUGAAAAUCUGCAUAUCUCUUUGGGUAUUUUAGCUUUUUUGAAUGUGUUUUUUUUUUUUUUUAAACUCACGUAUUUUGAAUGUUUCAUUGUCAGCAAUGUGAAUGGACAGUCAAGAUCUUUGACUGAACUAUAAAAUAUAUCACUGGAGCAAAGGGAAGACUUUUGAAAGCCCCUUUGCUAACUAUCUACCUCAGUUUGCCAGAUGGCAAACCCUGAUGACAACUUUGUUACCUCGUUUGUGGUUUUAGUGUCUCUCAGCUACAUAACCAAUGAUACUUCCUACUAGUAUAUUGUUUUCAUUGCUGUAUGUGUAAUAUGUGAUGUGUUUGAUCAAAGGAGUCAUAUAGGUAGAUGAGUAAGAAUGUUUAUCUGAAGCUCUGAUU